CAACGACCGCACCGACCCUUAAGCGUUCUUAAGACGAGAGCUGUGAGGGGAAAACUACGCAAGGAGCCCUUUUUCCCUUAAUGUCCCUUCUGCUUUCCUUUCACUGCACAAUGAAUGUGAAAAUGCUAUAAUGCCUUUUCUGAUUCCUUGAUGUUGGGUUUUUUCUUCUUUCUCUAUAUCUCAACUUCAAAUGCUUUUUCUUCCUAUGACCUUUCGUCUAAACACUGACCACUACUUGACAGGUUUUGACGGUAAAAAGCAAAAGAGGGAAUCUUUUGUCUUAAUCUUACAUAACCGAACAAAUUUCAUGGCUCAGUAUUUUUGCAAUAGUGUAUGCUAUCCUCUCAGCUCAAAAGGAUACCUUCAAAGUACAGACCCUCUCCCAUUUCCCUUCUCAGCCCAUCCUCCAGCAAAGAGGGAUCAAAGUUUUUCAUUAUUUUGGGUCGGUAAAUAUAAACAUCACAAAGAUAGGUUAUCUUCAGCUUAAAUGUACUGAACAUUUAGCGAUGAUUGGGUUAAAUUUCCGAAGUAACUUUCUUAGUGAAAAUUGAUGGAAGUGAAUUAGUGUAAGACUCGGAAAAGAAAGUCCUCAGGCAGCAUUUUUCUGCUCUUGUGUUGGUAUUCUGGUUACUAGGGGAAACGCAAAAAGAAAGAAAGAAAACAAAAAACACUUAAGGUGUGUGGAUGGAAUGAGUUUUGUCUUUUUUUAGAAACUCAUAAGAUAAGCAUCUGGAACCAGACAGUUAAAUCAGAGGGUCGAUUUAGGCUUUUGUUCUUUUUGAGAUUGGAAACCAAAAAAAGUUAUCUUUAAUGCCUUUAAGAUUGGGUUUCUCUAGGUCAUAUUUCUGGGUCAUAGAUAGAAAGGAAUAGUUGAGCUUACUGAAUUUUUUAGAAUGGGUGGUAUUGAUUAUCCCAACAAAACUUUUUAAAAAUCACGUAAUGAUAUUUGGGGAUAGUUGUGAGCUGCUUCUUGUUUUGAAAAUGUUAGGUGGCUAUGGAAGAAAUUUUGCUGCCUCUUAAAUUAACUUCACUAUAAUCUCGAGAAGUUGGUAUUUGUUUUGGUUUGUGGAGAAGUGAAGAGGACUACUAUCUGAGACCUUGUUUUCCUUUAUUUUUUUAAAAUUUUAUUUAGUCAUCAGGUUAAGGAAGGAGCAAGUUCUUGAUGAUUGUUACCUUACCCAUCCAAGAAAGUAAUACAUGUAAGGUUCCCACCCAAUUUUAACCUAAAAUGCAUGGCACUUAAUUUCUUUUAAUAGAGAAAAAGUUUUUGCCUUCUUUUUCCUCCCCUUUUACAACGUUUGUGGUUAUAGAAAAAAUUUUUCCCCACACGUGAUACCCAGGUAUGAAAUGAACCAAAUUGAGUAAUGAAUAGGUUCACCUGUUACUUAUAUUACUUUUUUGUAGGUUGAGGUAAUUGUCUUUAUUCAUAAUUGGUUGAAGAAUUAGAAGAAUGCUAGAAACUUUUCUGAGUGUGUACCUUUUUUUGAUUCUCAAGGCAAUUUCAUAUUCACCAAUGCUUUUAGUUUUUAAAUUACAGUGAUCUUUUAUCUGCUAACCACAAACCAGCAGUUUAGAAAGAUUUUAUAAAAUAUGUUUAACUGAUUUACUGUGCUGUACACUUGAAAUUCACACAACUUUCUAAAUCAACUAUAGUCCAAUAAAAUUUAUUUAAAUUUUUUUAAAAAGGUUUUAUAGAAUACAUUUGUUGUAUUUUUGUACCUAAAUGUAAUAACCGGAGUUCCUGUUGUGACUUAGCGGUAACCAAUCUGACAAGUAUCCAUGAGGACCGGGAUUUGAUCCUUGGCCCUACUCAGUGGGUUAAAGAUCCAGCGUUGCCACAAGCUGUGUGUAGGUCUCAGACACUGCUUGGGUCCCACGUUGCUGUGACUGUGGCAUGGGCCAGCAGCUGCAAUUCUGAUUCAACCCCUAGCCUGGGAAUUUCCAUGUGCUGUGAGGGUGGCCCUAAACUAAAUAAAUAAAUAGUAAAUGUUAUAACCUUUCAGAGAGGCUCAAAAAAGUGUUUUCAGAUGAUCUUUCCGAAGUGUUUUAAGUAGUUGUUGUAUCUCAAACUUUUUGACUGAAAUAGAGAAUUGACUAAAAUUGAUGGGUCAGUAUUCAGAUUUCAUUUGCUAAGUGUACAGAGUCAAUAUUAAUAGUGCAUAUUAACUCUAUCUUAUUGAAAAGAUUCUUAAAAUUAGAGGAUAACUUUCUAGAGACUGGAAACACAUGGAAGAAAUAGGACUGUUUACAAGUACCAGUCCGUUGCUCAUUUCAUACAUACACUAUGCUGUAUAUUUUUGGUUACUUUUUUGAAAAGAGUACACUGCACUUCAGUGUCUCAGAGCAGUUAUGGAGUUUGCUAAAAACAGCUACAGGAGCUUGCUUUUCCAUUAUAGAUUAAUAUCUCUUGCAUUUUAAAGGACUAGAAUAAAAGACCUUUAGGAAAGAAAAUAUAAUUGACUAAAUUUUGUCGUAAGUAACACUGACAGUUAACCAACAAAAUUGCCUUCUACUCGAGGUAAAACUUUUGAGCAUCUGCUGCCUUUUUAGUAAAAGCCAGGUGUUCUUAAGGGAAAGAGAACUUGGAGUCUGAUUUGAGAUGACUGACAGCUCAUAUCUGGGUAAAAGUAAGUAUAUGAUGAAGUGGUAUGUGAUAAAAUUAAUAAAGAAUUUGAAGCAGUUUUGUGUGCCUAUGAGAAAGGGAAAGCUUUAGUAUGGAAAAAGUACAUUGGCUCUUAUGAUUAGGGAAAUAUGAACAUUGUAAGGGUGGAACAGUGAGGUUGCUAGAGUAAUGAGACAUGAUAGAUUUGACUAGUCAGGUAUUGAAGCAUUUCGAAUUUUAGUUUUAGGAAUUUGGACUUAAUCUAGUAUUCACUAAUGAGCUGUCUAUGGAUUCUUAAUUCUUGGAUGGCAUAGUGAAUUUUAGCAAAGAACAGAGACCGGUACAGGAAGAUCAGCAGGGCACACUUGAAAUAUUUAAGGUAGGAGCUUAUGAAAAAUUAGGUCUAAACUGAAUAGACAUUUUCAAGGGAUCCAGGAGAAUAGUAGUGCCAUUAAAAUAGGCCAACAUGAGCAAUUUGUUUGUGACAUGUAUAUCAAGUUAACAGAACCUUAAGAGGAAAUGUCUUUUGGAGCUGGCAGUGAGGUUGGUACUUGAACUAUGAGUUUUGCAUGUCAUCUUCAUAAAAAGAAUGAGUUGUUUCUAAUUUUUUUCUUUCACAAUGGCCCACAAAUUUAUAUUGGUGUUUUUAAAAGAGGUUAAAGACUUUUUUUUUUUAUCAUGUAAGGGUCUUAUUAUAAUUCCACAAUUGUCUGUGCUUUGUAGGAUAAAGAGGAAAGAUAGUCCUUAUUCUUUCCUCCUUUAUUCAGAGCUUGUUCUGGCUUCUUGAAUACCUGGAAUAUUAUAAAACAGACUCCCAGUGUUCCCCUCUUAAUAUAUGAAAUGAUUAAUCGUAUGAUAAAAAUAAAGAGCAAAACACAAAUUUGGCUGUUUUGAUUUGGAAUUUAAAUUUGUGUGUAUUAAGAUAGCUUGUUAAAGAAUAGCAGAAAUGGGGGAAGAUUUUUAUAUACGAGAUUCUCUCACUGAGGGGUAGUAAUUUGCUCAAUCUAAGCAGAAAGUGGGAUUUUUUAAAGGAGCUCUGCAACUAAUUGUAUCCACGAUGCCUAACUGUAAUUUUAUAGAUUUGUCAUAGAUCCUUCUUAUGAUUUGUACCAUUCCUAAAAUAAGUUUAAGUUGUUUUGAGAUCUGAAAGAAUAUCAAGAGAUUUAAAUAUUUAGGAAUGAGAGUCAUUAAAAAAUACAGGUAAACAUUGUUCAUGGACUUAGUUUUGUAAAUGAACUGAAGUUAUUUACUCAUGAUAUAACAUUUGUAGUAUAACAAGUGUGAAAUGGUCAUGAAUAAUCAGCAUAAUAGUGUUUUAGAACUUGUGAACAGUGAAAACCUCUUUGAUAGCAUUAGCGGGUAUUCAGGCAUCAAGUAACUAACCUAGGGACCACAAACAGUGAGUGAAUCUGAUUAUUUGUUCACAUGUCCUAACAGAUUUAGUAGGAAAGAGUGGAAGUGAAAAAAUGGUAAUGAUCAGAUGGGGAAAAGAAUCAAUAGACACUGUUUAAAAAAAAAAAAGUUUGAGUUCCCAUCAUAGCUCAGUGGUUAACGAAUCUGACUAGGAACCAAGAGGUUUCGGGUUCGAUCCCUGGCCUCACUCAGGGGGUUAAGGAUCCGUUGUUGCCAUGAGCUGUGGUGUAGGUCGAAGACACAGCUGGGAUCUGACAUGGCUGUGACUGUGGUGUAGGCCAGCGACUACAGCUCCGAUUUGACCCCUAGCCUGGGAACCUCCAUAUGCCACUGGUGUGGCCCUAGAAAAGACAAAAAGACAUAAAUAAAUAAAUAAAACAAGUUGAAAAGAACAAAAGGAAAUGUGGUUUUUUCCUACCUCAUUUAAGUUACUUCCAUUUAUAGUUUUGUAUAAUCCUUAUGAACUCAUGAUUUUCACUAAAUGUGUGAGUGACUAGGCCUGACCAGUGUGAGGUAGAAGAACAGUUAUCCUUGUUUUUUUCCCUUAAAACUGAGGUCCUGUAAUCUUGCUUAUUCAAGAUUUGUAAAUACUCCAUGGCACUUCUGUAAAAGGUUCUUAGUUUUUAGUUGCUCUUAGUUUCUAAUAUAGCUAAACCACUUUAAGUCCUUUUACACUAGUUUUCUAUGCCUUCGAAAUUGCCACUUAGACACGAGCUUUUUGGAGUUACAAUUGAUCACAGCAUAUAAGCUGGUCAUUUUAUGAACCAUGUUUGAAAUUAGUACAGAAGAUUUGUAAAUUUUAUAGGUAAUUUAAUAGUUGUAACAUGAAUUUAAAUUUGAUUAUAUAUGUAUAAAUGCCAAUUUCUAAAUAAUAUGUUACACAAAAAACAUACAAGUUAGAGUAUCUGUGAGUCUUUUUUGAUACAAAGACUUUAAUCUCACUUAGAAUGCAGCAUGCUGGUAUGACUUUUAAGAGAAGGGAAAUUAUCACUUAAAAAUAGUUAAUGAGGAGUUCCCGUUGUGGCUCGUAGUGAACCCGACUAGUAUCCGUGAGGAUGCAGGCUCAAUCCUUGGCCCCACUCAGUGGGUUAAGGGUCAUCUGGAGUUGCUGCCAGUUGCAGUUUAGGUUGCGUAUGCAGCUCAGAUCUGGCAUAGGCUGGCAGUGGUAGCUCCGAUUAACUGGGAACUUCCAUGUGCCAUGGGUGCAGUCCUAAAAAUAAAUAACGCUAAUGAGGGUGUUGUGGUUGUGGCUCAGUGGGUUAAGGGUCUUGCGUUGCUACCAGCUGUGGUAUAGGUCAAAGAUCUAGCUGGGAUCUGGUGUUGCUGUAGCUGUGGUGUAGGCCAACAGCUGCAGCUCCAGUUCAGCCCCUAGCCUGGGAACUUCCAUAUGCUGCAGGUGCAGCCCUAAAAAGACUAAAUAAAAAUAGCUAAUGUUAAUGAGCAAUUGGAGUUAGAGAGUAAGAGUAUUUCUUUUGUAAACCUGAGAGUCUGAAAAAGAAGCACCAUAUAAAAUGAAAGAAUUGAGUAACACAGAAGGUUUCCCACAAGUCCUAAAGAAUGAAGUUCUUGGUACAAUAAAUAUUAUAGUUAUUUGGAUAAUUUAAGUACCCCCCCAAAAAAAAUACAAUUUACGUAAAUACACUAGAUGAUUUCUAUGGAAAUCUCUAAUUUCACCAAGGAGUGGGAAAAUAUAUUUUGAAAAAAUUUGUAUUAAAAGCUUAUGCUAAAAAAAAAAAAUCCGUUUUUUUUUGUUUUUGUUUUUUUUUUUUUUUUUAGAAAAAAGCUUAUGCUAUAUUCAUAUAGACUUGGAUUUGUGUAAACCUGGUACUUGGGACAGAAUUUGCUUUGCCAUAAUAUUAGGGUCACAGUGUAGCAUUUAUAUAGGUUUAUUUUAAUGGAUUUUACUUGGAUUUUUUUUCCAUCUCUAACUAUUAGCUGUAUUAAGUGACAUUGCAAUUAGUGUUUGCUGUUAGAAUUGUUCUCAUGUUCUGCAGCAGCAUGUGCAUAUUUAGUCAGCUUUUUUCAUGAUUAAAAAAAUAGUACAUUGUUAGUGAGGUUAUUUACAGUGUAUAAAAUACAACUAUUUUAAUACAGAAAAGAAAAAUAGUUUUUAAGCUGCUUGUAUUCGAUACUCUAUAGUACUUUCUUUUUUUGAUAAGCAAGAAAUAGAUUUAUUAAGAUAGAUGCUUGUGGGAGAUUCAGGCAGGCAGACAAGGAGGCUCUUCCCCAAGGAUUAGGUGGGCUAAAUUUUUAUAAUCUAAGGGAAGUGGGGAGUCUCUGUAAUACUUUCUGAGUACUCAUUGUUAGCUCCUCUUUGUUUUUGGCUAUGUCCUUCGGCUACCACUACAGCCUUCUAAUUGAUAGAGAAUAGUUUACAGAACAAAUGGACACUAAGCAGGUUGUACUGUGAGAAUUUUCUGCCAGGCUCAUGGUUUAUAGUAGGUAAGGUAGACUGGAAGCCUGUCGAACUAUGUUUCUGUUGAAAUUUCUGGCAUGAUUUGGGUGAAUCAUUAAUCUAUGUCAGGUAAACACUAUUUUUAAUGGUUGGUGCAUCCAAAUGGAGGGUACUGAGGAAUUUGCUAAACUCCUUGACUGGACAGCUUUAAGAGCAGGUUAAGUGUAGUGUCUACAGAAACAGGAGAGAUAACACCCCUUCUCAAUAUUUCAGUUUAUCUUUCUGUUUGCAGUUUCAGUUCUUUUUCUAAAUUCUGAUUAGCUGUAUGAAUUUCCCUGGAGAAAGUUCAAAUUAUUUCAUAAUUAAGGCAAAUCAAAAGUAGAAAAGGGCAAUCUAGCAUUUGUCCAUAUAAGGCUUAUUGAUACUCAAACCUCAGUUCUAAUGCACAGUUAGUGAAAAUGGCAUUUAUUUGGUGUUAGCUUUUGAUGAAUGUUAUUUUUAAAUGGUAAAUGUUAAUAUGACGUUUUGUGUCUUUGAGAAUUAAACUACCAAUUCUUAAAAUGACAGACCAUUUUUUUGGUAUUACAGUAAAAAUAAUUAUGAAGAAUUAAAAGUUUUGUGUGUUGUAGUUUAUUCUUUGGGUUAUUUGCUGACAGUUACUGAUUUGCCUUUUAAGACUUUUAAAUUUCUAAAUUGUUUGUGGAGGUUAAAAUAUUGGUAUCUUCAUAACUAUAAAUUAAAGGGGAGGGAGUUCCCCUUUAUGGCUCAGUGGAAACAAAUCCGACUAGUAUCCUUGAGGAUGCGGGUUCAAUCCCUGACCUCGCUUAGUGGGUCUGGAAUCUGGCAUUGCCAUGAACUGUGAUGUAGGUCUUGGAUCCUGCGUUGCUGUGGCUGUGGUGUAGGCCGGCAGCUUCAGCACCGAUUCGACCCCUAGCUUGGGAACUUCUAUAUGCUGCAAGUGCAGCCCUAAAAAAAGCAAAAUAAUAAUAAUAAUUAAUUUAUUAAAGGGGAGUUAAGAGUACUUUUUCUUAACCUUGAAUGAUUCCAUGAAGAAAUACAUGCAGAUUGAGGUUCCCCUGAUUAAAAAAAAAAAAUUGAAGGGUAGACAACAAAGUAGGUUAGGUAUUUGUGACACCUUGGAUAAUAUAAAGCAUGCCUUCUUUGAAAUUUGCUGAGGAGUUCCCCUUGUGGCUCAGCAGAAAGGAACCCAAUUAGUAUCCAUGAGAUUUUGGGUUCUAUCCCUGGCCCCACCCAGUGGAUCAAGUAUCUGGCAUUGCUGUGGCUGUGGUGUAGGCCAGCAGCUGUAGCUCCGAUUUGACCCAUAGCCUGGGAACUGCCAUAUGCUGCAGGUGCGGCCCUAAAAAAAAGAAAAGAAAACCCAAAAUUUGCUGUUAUCUUUUCAAAAAAAUAUCCUGUCAUAUCUUAGUGCUUUUGUUAACUAAAAGGAAACCUGAAUAUUUUCCAGUAGGUUGCUAUGUUAGAAAUGGGAUUUAAAGUUUAAACUUCUUAAGGAGUUACCUUGUUUACAUUAAUACCUAAGAAAUAGUAGUUUUUAGCAAUGUUGAAUAAUUUUCAACUAUUAUUUUUAUGAGGGAAGGCUUAAAUCUAAUAUAUAAAGGUUUGAUUGCUAUCCUAGUAAAAUUAAAGGAUUUAUGGUGUCACAGAACACAAAACUUUCUGUAUGUAUAACAGGGCUGUGGUGAUCUAUACUGGGGGUCUAUUUUAUAGAAGUACUAGGAAAGCUGAAAGGGAGAGGGGAAGAUACUCUUAAACCAGCCUAGUUAAUGAAGCGGCCAUGAGACCAGUUAAAGCAAAUUAGCCAUACUUUGUUUUUGUUUUUAGUAGUAAAUAUGCUCCUUUUACAGUUUUAGUGAGUGAAAAGGCCUAAGUUGCUCUCCCUGGUCCAGGCAUCUGUCCAAAAAUUUAAAGUGUAUCUGAGAUGUGGUGAAAGACUUGUUGUAGGUAAAUAAAUGAGCAUAGUUGAUAUUGAGCAGAAAGGUAGCAAUAUACUUCAGUUUUGUUUUCAUCUGAAAAAAAAAAGUACAUAGGCCUAGCAGCAUUAGUACUGUUCUUGAUAAAUAAGUCUUUUGACAUUAAACUUGAAGGAAAACUUUAAGGAAGUUGAGUGAUGGUCUUAAUGGCCUAAGUGAAAAUUGGUGUGAAAUUGGGAUGGUUAUUUACACUAAUAAUCAAAGCUUAAGGAGACAGAGAAACCAAAUUGUCCAUUGGUCAUAAGUGCUUCGAAUAACUGUCUAAAAAAAAAAAGUUCCCGUUGUUGUUGCUCAGGGUUAAGGAAUCUGACUAGUAUCCGUGAGAAUGCAAGUUCGGUUCCUGGCCUUGUGCAGUGGGUUAAAGGAUCCAGCACUGCCACAAGCUGUGGUGUAGGUCGAGGAUUCGGCAUGGAUUUGCUGUUGUGGCUGUGGUGCAGGCCAGCAGCUAUAGCUCCGAUUUGACCCCUAGCCUUGCAUCUUCCAUAUUCUGAGGGUGCAGCCCAAAAAAGACCCCCCCCCAAAAAAACUAAGCUUUUAAUCAGUUUUAACUUAAUUGACUUGGAAAGUUUUGAUUUAUAUCCAGAUUUUUCAAUAGCCAGUCAAUUUUCUGAUAAAGGAUAUACUCACAGAACGGACUAUAUAAGUAUGCAUAGCUGCAUAAAAUUUGAACAAUAGAGAUGGGGGGAAAUCAUGCUAUUAAUUUCAUAAUGUGUAUUAGGAUAUUUCAUUGGAUAAAAUAGAAUUUUUAAAAUGACUCAGAUGCAAAAAUACAUAUACUACUAAGAAUUUACAAGCCAAAGGGGAAAUUUUUUAAAUUUCAUACUUUCUUUUUCCCCUUUGUUUUUUUAGUAUUCUUGUUUUAUUUCAGAUCAAAUCUUUCUAGUAAAGUCAAACUGAGCAAAGAUAGUGGUCAAACAAAAUCGAGAGAUACUUCAUUGAACCUCAGCAUAUAUCCUCUAAUGUUCAAGUUUAGAUAGCCCAUGAUGUUUUGUUUUAACUAUUCUUAGCAUGGCUGAGUGAAAGCUUAUUUUAAGAUCACUAAGAAUCUUCAGGUUGUAAAUUAGUGAAAAGACAUAGGUGGGGGGAAUUACAGUUAAUACUAGUUAUGUUUGAAAUAAGUAUAUUAAAAUUGUUCAAUUUUAGGGACUAGGAUGAAACAUUGAAAGGGGAGGAGGGUAAAGAGUAUGGUAAAAACAAGGAAAUUCAGUAAAUUCUCUAACUGUUAGAAACUAGACUUUUGAACAAUUUUAAAGAUUAUAAAAUUGCUUUUUUUUUAAAUAAACUAGUUAUUUACACUUUACCUGCUGGCUUUUCCAUUUGGUAGAUAACAUUCUGAACUCCAGCAGAGUUUUAUAAUCCCCACGUGCUUAAAUAUACUAAAUGUUCUUUUUCCAUUAAGGUUAAUGUUCGUGAAGAAAUUGAAGAGUUUUUUCCAAGAAUGUGGAAGAUAAAUCAAGAUAAAAGAAGGCUAAUGAAAAGUAUUAAAGAUCAGAAAAUUAAAAUUGAAUGGGGGAAAAAAUUGAACAGAAGAUUGGUCAGAUAGAAGCACUUGAAUAUUUUUUUAAGGCUAUUUUGAAUUGUUUGAAUUGGGGAAGAAUACACGAAGUAUGAAAAAUGAAAAACUCAAUGAAGAAUGAAGAGAAGUAGAAAGCAAGAGUGAAGUAGAAUUAAAAGAAUCUGGAAGAAUGAAUGGGUCCUAGGUUAAGUAAAUGAGUCUCGCUCUCAGUCAAAAUCUCCAACGGGAACUCCUGCUCGUGUAAAAUCGGAGAGCAGGUCAGGAUCUCGUAGUCCAUCAAGGGUUUCCAAACACUCUGAAUCCCAUUCUCGAUCAAGAUCAAAAUCCAGGUCGAGAUCAAGGAGGCAUUCUCACAGACGAUACACUCGAUCCAGAUCCCAUUCUCACUCUCACAGGAGACGAUCUCGAAGUAGGUCAUAUACACCAGAAUACCGGCGUCGAAGGAGCCGAAGUCAUUCUCCAAUGUCUAACCGGAGAAGACAUACAGGCAGCAGGGCAAAUCCAGAUCCCAACACUUGUCUAGGAGUGUUUGGCCUCAGUUUGUACACAACUGAGAGAGAUCUUCGUGAAGUAUUUUCCCGAUAUGGGCCAUUGAGUGGUGUCAAUGUGGUUUAUGAUCAGAGAACUGGACGAUCAAGAGGAUUUGCUUUUGUUUACUUCGAGAGAAUAGAUGAUUCAAAGGAGGCUAUGGAAAGGGCUAAUGGAAUGGAGCUGGAUGGUAGAAGAAUUCGUGUAGAUUAUUCCAUCACCAAAAGAGCACAUACACCUACCCCAGGCAUAUACAUGGGCAGACCAACUCAUAGUGGUGGUGGCGGCGGUGGAGGUGGUGGUGGAGGUGGAGGUGGUGGCAGACGUCGAGAUUCUUACUAUGAUAGAGGAUAUGAUCGUGGGUAUGACAGAUAUGAAGACUAUGAUUACCGGUACAGAAGAAGAUCACCUUCUCCUUACUAUAGUCGAUACAGAUCACGAUCAAGAUCUCGUUCCUACAGCCCAAGACGCUAUUGAUAAACAGAACAAUUGCAAUUGAGGACAUCUUUAUCUCUUUAUUUUCUUCUUUUCCUCUAUCUCUGUUUUUAAUUCUGGAUUUCCCCGAGCUUCUAAUCCUUCAUACUUCAAGAAGAACCCUUAAAAGAUCUUUGGUUUAUUUAGGAUCUACACUUUGUCAGUUGUAUUGCUGUUUACCACCCCUUUUAUUAUAUUCUUAAAGAUGUAAUAGUUGUCAUUAUUUUGAGUAGUUAAACAUCUCCAGUAAAAAAGGAACCCCCAGUGUUAUGCUUUGGACAUUUUGUUUGUUUGGGGGGGGGAUUGUUUUGUUUUGUUUUGUUUUUGCUUUUAUGGAAAAUUAACUCCUGGCUAAUCAAAUGAGGAAAGACGUGAUCUUUUUAAAACUUCUUUUGUGUUAGAUAUUGUAUUAGACAUGGUAUUAGAGAUCUACAUUUACUACAGAUUCCUUUUUAAACUACUUUUGGGGAAGUUAGUAACACAUAAAAUAGUUCAGUCAUGUCAAGUUUGUCUGGGGUGGCACGGAGCAGCCAAGUAGUUGAGUGUAGAAAGUUUGAAGCUAUAGGAGAAAACAGUUGGUCAUUUCUUUUGAAGAACAGAAUUUUUGAACCAUAAAAAUUAGUCGUUUUUUAGAGAUUAAGAGCUGUGGAUUCCUAUAAAACAUGUAUUUAAAAUACAUUUGUUAAAACUUAAAAACGUACAGUGUGAUUUUUUUGUGUUGAAUUUAUUGAAGUUUAAUCAGUGAGGGACAACCCUUAUUUAUUAUUUAGAGCAGUUGUAUACUUUGCUGUUUGAAAUUUUGGUAUUGGGACAGUGGUUAAGCAGGCUGUUGUAUAGCGUCUUUAGAAGUAGUAUGGGGAAAACUAGUCUCCUUUCAAAUAAAAGUUAAUUUCUUUGAAAA